UUUUGACACCACCCCUUCUUUGCAGACGGACUUGGAUAGAGACCGCUCGGUGUAAACAAAUCUAUAGCGCAGAACUGCCUUGUUCUGAACAUUGACCUAUACAUCUAAUUGGACUGCUUGUCUGUACUGGUUUCAAGAAUGUAAGUCAAUGGAAUGACCGCUGGCAGAAUCAACCCAAUCUGGGUUGGAAUCCGAUCAUUCAUGGUUAAUCAAUGCCAUCCGAUAAGUUAGCGUUAGAUAUCUGCCGCGGUCGCUGUCAAGGAAGGAGGGAGGAAUCGCACACAAUCUUAUGAUACUCACUUCUGCAAUGGCGACACCUGCAGAACACGACCUCACAUUAGCCGAAGCUGAAAGCAACAAAGAGAAGACUCAAAUGUUUGGGAUCCUUAGGUUGCAGGAAGACAAGUCAACCGGUGAAAAAGCUAGCACCGUGGCUGCUGCCGCCAGCACUAGUAGUAGUAGCAGCAGCGUCAAAUCUGGGGACGGGAGAUGGCAGGCGCCUAUCUUCGCACUGGCCAGGAAAGCAUCGGAAACCUUCUCAGGAAGCAUUCAUGUCCUUCCCAAGGUAGCAGAGCACAAAACCUCUCCUUUCACCGAGGACUGGAGCUCCAAGGCCUUUCGAGAUCCCAUGGCCAUGGAACGUGCCAACCUGCUGAACAUGGCCAAGCUUAGCAUCAAGGGUCUAAUCGAGUCUGCCCUGAGCUUCGGCCGGACCCUGGACUCGGACUACCCUCCGCUCCAGCAGUUUUUUGUGGUGAUGGAGCACUGUCUGAAGCACGGGCUGAAAGUGAAGAAGUCAUUCCUUGGCUACAACAAGUCUCUGUGGGGUCCUCUGGAGAUGGUGGAGAAGCUCUGCCCGGAGGCUGCUGAGAUUGCCGCCAGUGUCAGAGAUCUGCCAGGCCUCAAGACCCCUCUGGGGAAAGCUCGGGCGUGGCUCCGCUUAGCGCUCAUGCAGAAGCGCCUGGCGGAUUACCUACGAUGCCUCAUCACCAGGAAGGACAUACUGAGUGAUUUCUACGAGAGUGCAGCAGUGAUGUUGGAGGAGGAAGGUGCUGUCAUCGUGGGUCUUCUCGUCGGACUCAAUGUGAUCGAUGCAAACUUAUGUGUGAAGGGCGAAGACCUGGACUCACAGGUGGGCGUGAUCGACUUCUCAAUGUACUUGAAGAAUGACAUUGAUGACUACAGAAGUGAGGAGAGAAAUGGCCAAAUAGCUGCUAUUUUGGACCAGAAGAACUAUGUUGAAGAGCUGAACAGACAACUAAACUCAACAGUGACGGGCUUACAAGGAAGGGUAGAAUCCCUCGAGAAGUCCAACUCCAAACUUAUUGAGGAGCUCGCCAUUGCCAAAAACAACAUCAUCAAACUACAGGAGGAAAAUCAACAGCUACGAACAGAGAACUCAGUGAUUGUCAUGAAAACCCAGCGUCGUCUAGAGGUGACUCAGGUAGAUGUGGAUGUUGAGUUGGACACUUACAAACAGUCGAGGCAGGGUCUGGACGAGAUGUACAACGAGGCCAGGCGACAGCUAAGAGAGGAAUGUCAACUACGGCAGGCUGGGCAGGACGUGGAGAACGAGCUGGUUGUCCAAGUGAGCAUGAAGCAGGAGAUGGAGAUGGCCAUGAAGCUGCUGGAGAAGGACAUCCACGAGAAGCAAGACACCCUCAUCGGCCUGCGCAACCAGCUGGACGACGUCAAGGCCAUCAACGUUGAGAUGUACCAGAAAAUGCAGGCUGCUGACGACGGCCUCAAACAGAAGGAUGAGAUGAUUUCCCGGCUGGAGGAGAAGACCAAUCAGAUCACAGCGACCAUGAAGCAACUUGAACAGAGAUUGCAGGAGGCUGAGAGGGAUCGCUCCACCGCCGAAGAGGGCACACGCAAAUUCAAGCAGGACUUUGCCAACAAAGCAGACAAUCUCCAGAAGCAGAUUGCCCAGAGAGAGAAGCAGAUGCUGCAGCUGGAGACGGAUCUGAAGAUUGAGCGGGAGUGGCGGCAGACCUUGCAGAAUGAUCUAGAACGGGAACGAGACAUCGUUGCUCAGCUCAGUGCUCAGGCUCUGCAAAUCAAUGGACUCAAAAAAGAGUUCCACCGGAUGCAUGAUGAGAACCGGCAACUGAAAGGCAUCUGUGAGGAACAGGAGCAGGCCCUGGAGGAGCUGGGCUGCAAACUCAGCGAAUCCAAACUGAAAAUUGAAGACAUCAAAGAAGCAAACAAGGCCUUGCAGGGUGGCCAAGUGUGGCUGAAGGAUAAGGACGCUACGCACUGUAAGCUGUGUGAAAAAGAGUUCUCCAUUUCCAGAAGAAAGCACCACUGCAGGAACUGCGGCGAGAUCUUCUGCAACGCCUGCUCUGACAACGAGCUGCCCCUCCCCGCCUCACCCAAGCCGGUGCGAGUGUGCGACACGUGUCACGCCCUGCUGCUCCAGCGCUGCUCCUCCACCUCCACCUAAAUAAACCAGAGGGAGGUCAGGGGCUCGCCACACUACAGACAGACAGUACACUCACGUACAACAGCCACGACGACCACUCUAGGCACCCCUUUAACCCAGCAGAGGCAGAACAGCAGCCCCUGGCUGCUGUUACUGACACAACAACGUAGAACAACUAAAAUCCAAGAUGGCCGACCACUGGUUUCAGGUGUUAAAAAAAAAAAGAAAAGACGUUUACAUUCUCCUCAGUGUUGUGCCUGAGCCAAGAUACUUUUGAGAGAUUACAGGACAUUUUUUGGCAGCUGGCCAGAAUCAGACAUUCAGAAGGACAGAACAUUCCAAACUUGAAGUACAAAUACCUCUCUAGUCCAUGCAAUGCAUCAAAUCAGUGUGAAGACUAUUGUGAUAAUGCUCUAUGCCUGUGAUGGACAGAAGACUGUUGAGAUAUCUGAUUUAUUACUUAAGUGCAGAUAUUAAUUGAUAUUCACAUGUGCCUAAGUAAGAAGCCAAAAUGAUGAAUGAUGACAUUUCCAGACAUUUCUUUGUAGAAAAGUCAGACCAAGAAGUUUGACCAUCCUAAAGCACUAAGAUUCUUAAUGCUGCUUUGAUUUCAAUGUCAAAAACUGCACAGUGUCAGUUCUACAAAACUUGCCACAUGCUAAUAGAAGUUUGUCCUUCUAUGUAUUUAGAAAUAAGUACUACGACAUGUAAUAUAGCACAUAAUGUUUAAAAUAUGCCAAGGUUUUAACUUUAUUUCUUUUUAUUUGUAAAGUGUAAACUGGAAUUCCUCACAAAAGACUAUGUAUUAUGUCAAUAUGAUUUAUAAUUAAUUUAUGCCAGUUAUAUGAUAUAUUUAAAACCGAACCUGUAAGCCCAAGACCCAACUUCGUAAAAUGGCCAGAUAUUUCAAAUUUGAAAUGUUGUACAGUUGGGUACUAAACCACUGAUGGUUAUAUCUAUUGAUUGUUUUUGUAUUUGCGUAGAAGCACAAUAGAUUAUUAAUUGUCAUUUUGAAUUCAAAUACUGUACAUCACUUCUGAAGAGCAUUGCGUAUCAAUGUAACUUUGGACAGUGAAGUUCAGCAUGAUUUUAAUUUUAUUUUCACUGAAUCCCACUAUCUAGCCACUUGAAAUGUGUGCUUCAAACUGUUAAACUGUAAUUGACAGAUACAUCAUUCAGCUGGCUUGAGUGAAUGAAGAGAGAAGUGACCUGUGUACAGAGAAGCCUUCAGGAGGCCAGAGAUUACGUUUGCAGUUUCAAUGGAAGAUCCAUUGCUGAAUGCUUCCAUUCCAGAAUCAUCAUUCACCAGUUUCAAAAUAAACUCUUCAGCGGAACUGA